AUGAGAAGUUACAUUUUAGGCCGAAUUCUAUUGGAUAUUCCAUGCAAAGUAUGCCAUGAUCAUUCGUCUGGAAAACAUUAUGGCAUAUUUGCAUGUGACGGAUGUGCCGGUUUUUUCAAGCGUUCCAUCAGAAGAAACCGACAGUACGUUUGUAAAGCGAAGGGCUUGCUGCAGGAAGGUAACUGCAUGGUGGACAAAACGCAUCGCAACCAAUGUCGUUCAUGUCGAUUGAACAAGUGCAUCAAUUCCGGAAUGAACAAAGAAGCCGUACAACACGAGAGAGGGCCGCGAAACUCGACGCUACGUCGCCAGAUGUCGCUGUAUUUCAAAGGAGUGGACCAGCAUGACACCAUAAAGUUUGGCAGUUCGGUUUUAACAGCAGUAAAUGGCGAUGCAUCCACGAAGCAUGCCAUGAUUUCCAGCAACGGCUGCUUUCCUCAUUACUCACCUAAUCUUUUGUUCAAUCCGUUGCUGCGAACAACUGUGGGUAUGGCUCCGUCUGAACUAGUCUCCCUACCUCCAUUUCCGUCGUCAACCCUGUUUCUAAGAACAGUCAACGAACCUCCUCCAAAAAUGGAUUGGAAUAAGGUUCAUCUAACGGAGAGAAAACAGAGACUUAAAGAGCAGGCUGCCCGCUUGCUCUUUCUUACCAUCAGUUGGCCAAAGACUAUUCCUCAACUGACCAUUCUCCCUCAAACACAACAGGUGGCCAUUAUUAAGUCUACAUGGUUUGAUAUCUUCCUAUUAACCAUUAUCCAGUUCAACUUGUUGACUAAAGAGGACGCCAAAUGGUUGAAAGCGGUUACCAGUCGUUCAGAAUGGAGCGACGAAAUAGAAGCGGCCUUGGAAGUUUUCGAAAAAUUCCAGGCAGCACAUAUCGACGCUUUUGAAUACUGCUGUCUUCGGUGCCUAACUCUCAUAUGCUCAGAUAUCGCAUUUCAGCAGCAGGUCUACUUGACCCUCAACAGUUAUCACCAAUUACAGUACCCCUGGCAGUGUUCCCGUUCGUCAAAACUGCUGCAACUGCUACCAUUGCUACACACGGUGCCCAGCGAUGCGCUUGUCCGACUUUUGUUCAGAGAUGCCAUAGGAGACAUUUCCAUUCAUCGACUUGUGUGCGAUAUGUUCUUGUCUGAUGGCCAGCAAGACAUUGUUCAGUCUGUGAUAACACAAAGCUAA